CUCUUUCAUUUCCUUUCUCUUUUCAACUCCAUUUUGGAUUUUAGAUUUUUGGGAUUCUUUUUGUUCUGAAGAUGAUCAAUGGAGGUGAUCGUGUCAAAGGUUCAUGGAGCCCACAAGAAGAUGCUAACCUGAUUAAGCUAGUGGAACAACAUGGUCCCAGGAACUGGUCCAUGAUUAGCUCCGCAAUCCCUGGAAGAUCCGGCAAGUCUUGCCGGCUACGGUGGUGCAACCAACUCAGUCCAGCCGUGCAACACCGUCCUUUCACGGCUGCAGAGGAUUCUGUUAUCAUACAAGCGCAUGCUGUUCACGGAAACAAAUGGGCUACAAUCGCUAGGAUGUUGCCAGGACGUACUGAUAACGCUAUAAAAAAUCACUGGAACUCGACUUUACGUCGGAAACGAGAAACCGAGUUGUCGUCCGGGUCAUUGGAGUCGAACUCAGGGGUGAAACGGCCGAGCCAGGUUGGAUCCGAGUCUGAGUCUGGAAAUAAAAAGCAGUGUUUAGGAUUUGUGGUGUGUGAGGAUGAGAAUUUAGGAUUAUCAGGGCCCAAGACGUUGCUGACGCUGUCUCCACCAGGAGAGAACGUGGAAGCGGAGGAGGAGGAGGUGGUGGUGAAAGGUGAGGAAAGCGGUGACGCUGGUUGCAUCGGAGAGGAGAAAAAGAGAGCGGCUAUGGAGGAAACUACCUGCUUGUUAACCAUAAUGCAACGUAUUAUUAAAGAGGAGGUUAGGAGUUACAUUGAUAGCAUAAUAGCUGAUCAAAAGCCAUGAAAAUAGAUGUUACAAACAAACCUCCAAUCCCUCU